UAUAAAGUGAUGCAAACAGAAAUUCCACCAACCUCCACGUAUCAUCAUGUGUCAUAACUCAGCCAAGCUCAGGGAGCAUUCUCGUCACAUUGCCUCAACAGCUUCAAGGUGAGCCAGCUCAAGACUUUGCUCUCCACCAGGCAGAAGAUGACAGACUGUGAAUUUGGAUAUAUUUACAGGCUAGCUCAGGACUAUUUGCAGUACGUUCUGCAGAUACCACAACCUGGAUCGGGUCCAAGCAAAACGUCCAGAGUGCUACAAAAGGUUGCAUUCUCAGUCCAAAAAGAAGUGGAAAAGAAUCUGAAGCCAUGCUUGGACAAUGUUAAUGUUGCAUCCAUAGACACUGCCAGAACACUAUUCAAUCAAGUGAUGGAAAAGGAGUUUGAAGAUGGCAUCAUUAACUGGGGAAGAAUUGUAACCAUAUUUGCAUUUGAAGGUAUUCUCAUCAAGAAACUUCUACGACAGCGAAUUGCCCCGGAUGUGGAUACUUAUAAGGAGAUUUCGUAUUUUGUUGCUGAGUUCAUAAUGAAUAACACAGGAGAAUGGAUAAGGCAAAACGGAGGCUGGGAAAAUGGCUUUGUAAAGAAGUUUGAACCUAAAUCUGGCUGGAUGACUUUUCUAGAAGUUACAGGAAAGAUCUGUGAAAUGCUAUCUCUCCUGAAGCAAUACUGUUGACCAGAAAGGACACUCCAUAUUGUGAAACCGGCCUAAUUUUCUUAACUCUCAUCAAAACGAUUGCCAACACAUACUUCUAGUUUUAAACAAACAGCUGUGAUGAUGUAACCUGACUUUCCAUAGUUAUGGAAA